AAGAGCACUAGCGCAGUACUACAUUGCAGUUUCUUUUCUCUCUCUUCCACUCUCUUUCUUUCUCUCUCUCUCUCUGGAUCAAUUUUAUGGCUAGGGUUAAACAUUCAGCGGCUAGGAAAUCUACGCGGAAGCAGCGUCCUACUGGAGCUUCCCAAACUGCUUCGCCUGGACCGAGCACCAGCACGACACCGAGAAGAAGUCCGAUAGUCAGAAAAGCAGAGACAAAAGGAAAAAGGCGUCUGCGUCCUGGUGUUGGGGCUCUUAGGGAGAUUCGUCAGUUACAGAAAUCGACUAAACUUCUCAUUCCAGUUGCUCCUUUUGUUAGAACUGUUAAAGAGAUCAGCAACUUUUUUGCUCCAGAUAUUACUAGAUGGACCGCUGAAGCCUUGUUGGCGAUUCAAGAGGCAUCUGAAGACUAUUUGAUUCGUUUGUUCGAAGAAGCAAUGCUAUGCGCAAUCCACGGGAAGCGAGUCACUCUAAUGAAAAAGGACUGGGAGCUGGCAAGAAGACUUGGUGGAAAAGGGCAACCGUGGUGAACAUAACCUAACCUUUAUGUAUGAAGCUUAAUUAUGAUCCAUAUUAAUCUUACAAUAUGUUGUCUGAUAUCAUGACUUAUCUAGUAUUGAUGUAGGUUUGUCAAAGUCCUGUUUUAGUUGUUACCCUAGAGAACCUAAUAGAAAUAUAUAUAUUUAUAAUUUAGUUGUAUGUUUUUAGAUUUAUCUACAAAUUCAGCUCAAUUUAUUGAGAUUAGAAAGAUUGGUUUUGUGUAUGUUGCUUGUUUGGUUUAAAGAAAUAGUUGACUUAUUAUAUCAUUAAGUAAUGUUAAAAU